AUGGGGCUCACGUUUUGGUAAGUUGAUUAAAAUAUGACUUUCUUUUCUUAAUUACUGUAAAAUCUUAUAAAAAACCAUAAUACAGAGUCAUUUUAUAUACACCAUAAGGUAUAUAUGAAAUGCUAUAGUCUGUAUUACAGUAAGAUUUUCUUAACUAAAGCACCGUAGUAUAUCAUGUCUUUUACCAUACUUUUUGUUAUCAGCCAUUGUGUUUAGGACAAGUUUUGUGGCCUUGUUGGCAACCGGAGUAUACGUGUACGUCAGCAAAACGCCUUUUGAAGAAAAUGUCGUAAAGUAAGUUGAUUUUACGUUAAAGUAAGCUGAUUUUACACUUUUUUGCUAAUAUCUUUGUGUUAUAAAACCAUAUUAACAACCACAAAAUUCAAACUGCAAAAUUUUAACUUUUCUCUUUAUCUUAUCAUAAAACAGUAAAAACCAAGCUUUCAGACUCACCCCUCAACGAGAAUUGACUGGCAAACUAGCCCAAACCCCUCAAAAUACUUUGAAAAAUAUUGACAUCCUAGUCAAGGGUGAAGUUUAUGGCCCAGAGUGUCAAGUGUUACACAAAGGUGCUCUCUACUCGGCUAGUCUGGAUGGGUCGGUGGUUAAGAUUAUAGAUGGAAAGGUUGCCAAGAAGCUUGAAGUUUACAAAAAUAAUCCUAAAUGUAGUAAGUGGAUGUUUAGUUUUUUAAAAUUAUGAUUUUACGACUUUAUGAUUUGGGGAGAGAGACUUAACACGUGUGUUUUGAUUGAGAGAGUGAGACUUAACCCGAAAGCAAAGUUUUUUUACAGAAAUGAAGCUGACAAAAUUUUAUUUCGAUUUUACUUAUAUUUUUAAAAAGAUUGUUUUAGGAGAACUCAGAUGCUCUCAGCCCUUAGGCAUCAGACAUUGGAAGGAAGAAAAGUUUGUCUUCGCUGAUGGAGCUCUCGGCAUCUUGGUGGUUGACUUCAAAACAGGUAAAAUACGAACGAAUAACCAUUUUUCAAAUAUGUUUUAGCGUUGUUUUACUGUUUAUGGUAAGCAUGAGCUUUUUAUAGACUAAAAAAGUUGUAUACUAUCUGAAAAGUGAGGUUAAGACAAUAUUCAAGGUUAAGGACUUAGAAUUAUCUGAACAACCUAAUAUUAUACUAGAUUUCUGAGAUCAAAGCGGUUUUUUCACUUUUUUUUACAUUUUAGAACAAUUCGAACAAAUCUACACAGCUGGUACACUUGUUGGCAACUGGGGCAUCGGCUUUGCUGAUGAUUUUGACUUUGUUGGUGAAGAUACCAUUGUAUUCAGCGAUAUGCACCCGAAGUGUGGAAUGCACAACUUUAUGCAAUGUUUUGUAGAGUUCUCACGAGAUGGACGGUAUGUUACUGUAAUGUUUGGGCUUCUCAGUUUUUAUAUCUCAGCUUAUCUGUAGAAAAUAUUGGAGAUAAGCUGAUAUAUAAGGGACGAUUUAGAUUUACCUUAAAUUUAAGCCUACUACAAUAUCGUGCAAAAAUAAAAUUUUAAAAAUAAGUAAUUUUCAGUUUAUUCAAACUUAAUUUGAAUACUGGGGAGUUCGAAAUCAUCGCUGACAAUCUUCUGGCUCCAAACGGAGUUGUAGCUCACCCAGACAAACAAUCUGUCAUCGUAUCAUCUUCCAGUGGCUCCCAGUUACUUCGAGUUUACUAUGCCGGAAGUAAGAAGGGCGCAGUAGAAGUGUUUGCAGAUGGACUACCUGGAAUGCCUGAUAAUCUACGUCAGACUUCGAGUGGAAAGACCUUCUGGAUUGCGUUUUACCGGUCGAGUAUUGGUGGAAGGUCAGCUAUUCAAGUGCUGAGCGAGUAUCCGGCUGUCCGAAAGUUUCUUAACAUCGUAAGUUUACUGAGUUAAUAUUUAGAGUAUUAUUAUUUACAUAACUUAUUGAUUAGGUUAAAUUGUUAUACCUCUGUUUGACCAAAGCUGUAUUACCUAAAUCUUCAUAAUACUCAACGUUCUGAUUAUAGUUCGGCAACUUACUCAUGCCAUUCGACAUGUUGUUUGGAAAGCAUGUAGUUAUAAUUGAAAUGGACUUUGAAGGCAACGUCGUAUCUUCUAUUCAUGAUACUGAAGGGCGUUUGAGGGCUUUGACUAAUGUUAUUGAUGAUGGAAAGUACUUGUAUUUUGGAAGCUUCGUCAAGGAUUAUAUUGGCCGUGCUUUAAGGCCAUAG